UUUCUUCAUCCUUCAACUAUCAAUCUUACAUAGUAAAGAGUUUUAAAAAAAUGGGUUCAAAGGUUGUUGUUCUCCUCGGCCUUUCUUUGGCUGUGUUUCUCUUGAUCGCUUCCGAGGUUACGGCCAGGGAAAUGGCCGAGACUACUCCUUCUUCAGUUGACCCAAAAGCUGAGAAAGCAAGUGGGGUUGAUGGAUACGGUGGUGGGUAUGGGCACGGUGGACACGGCGGCGGCGGGUAUGGGCACGGUGGACACGGCGGUGGCGGUGGCGGCUACCACGGAGGCUGCAAACACGGUUGCUGCGGGCACGGCUACCACGGAGGCUGCAAAUGCUGCUCAUACAAGGGGCAGGCCGUGGAUGCAGGCUAUGUAGCAAAGCCUUAAUUAAGCCUCACCACUAUAUAUGGACUCCGUAAAUGCAUAUGAAAAUAGUGUAUUGGCAAUAUGUAAUAAUGCAUGUAGUGAAGUAACACUUACAGUUGCUUCUCUGCAAUAUCCUUAUCAUAAAUAAAUCAACUGGUUGCCACACAA